ACGCUGCGUUCUAUGACACAAGUCCUUGCGCGAGAAAUGUCUGAACUAUUGUCUUGGCAUUGGCUGGUCAGUCAGCCGUCGACUCUGCACGGGGGCACACGUGCAGAUAUUUAAUCAAGCUCGGAACAUAACGAGCACACGUGUUUAAUUACGAAAUCUAGGCUGUGAAAACUUGUGUGAAAUAUUAAUGUUUUUUGUUAUGUAGCAAAAACUGCUCUGUGUUAAAUUCAUGUAAAGGUGUACACAGUGAACAAUCUUUUAAUGGGAGCACGGGUAAAGUCAAGAAGGAACACAGAAGCAGAAUCACGAGUUCGGAUGCACGUGCGAUUUGAAGAUAAACCGCUUCAGUAGAGCUGCGAAAAGUACGAGUAUGGAGUAUUGCAUGUUAGCCGUGGUAUACACUAUCCUGUCCUUGAUAACAACAGGAGUAUCAUCGUUACAGUGCUACCAGUGCCUCAUCAACCCUCCGCCGGGGCAGUACUACAACACUACGAAGAGACUCUGCGUACACUUCGACCACUCUGACAAGUUCAUAGUGGAAUGCCCCUACUCUACCAUGUGCAUGAAGCAGGAAUUCCACCUGGAUAUACAAAAUGGAGUGAGGAUAAACGGUGUCCUCCGUGACUGCGCGCCACAGAAGCACGAGUACCAGGACUACAAGAAUGGCAAGUGGUCGCCGAAGAUGGAGAUAUUGGAACCUUACAAGGAAGGCUGUAUCAACGAAGAAGAUAAAGGACAGAGAAGUACACCUACAAGAUACUGCUAUUGCCGCAACAACCUUUGUAAUGCCUCUCCGAGUUCCAGCCAUGAAGGCUACACGGACAUCAUGGGCGUUAUAGUAGUGUUUAACCUCAUGAAAUACAUCAACAGCCUUAGGUAGUUGUCGUAGGAACGUGUAGGCCUUAAUUAUGUUAAUUGUUACGAAAUGUUGUUACGCAAUUGAGUAGUAGGCACGCAACUGCCGAUAGAUGAGACUGAAGAUGGAAACUCAUCAGCUGUGAAACAAUGCAGUGCGAAGAAAAAUAUGGUGUUCACAUGAGAGGUAUCUCAUCGAAAAAUGUUGGAAGACCCAAAACUACUCCACGCCACAACUACUCGCAAUACUUUGUGAUAAAUAGAAGGGUAUAGUGAUUUAUAAUUUAAGACAUUAAUAUAAUUAAUAUAAUAUUGUAA